AUGGAAGGUUUCACCCCCGAUAGCUGGCGUGGUACGAAUACUGGUCUUUUUUCUGGUGUAAGUGAGAGUCACAGACCACAAUUUGAAGGAGUUCCUCUUGGUUUGAAUCAUCCUGAAAGCGUCAAUUGGUUACAUUAUGUGUUUGAUCUGAAAGGUCCAGCCAUCAACGUGGACACUGCAUGUGCUGCCGCUGCUUCAGCUUUCGAUAUUGCAGCGAGAAGCAUAUUGUUUGGUGAUUGUGAUCAAGCGAUUGUUCUUGCUCAUAAUCAUUGUCUUGUGCCAUUUGUCUCUCAUUGUUUCAGAUCAUUUGGAAUGACAAGUAUUGAUGGUAAGUCCAAAUGUUUAGAUACUAAUGCUAAUGGUUAUCUUAGAUCUGAAAGUAUUGUUGCGAUUUUAAUUCAACGUAAAUCUGAUGCCAAGAGAGUUUACGGCUCUCUAAUAAAUAUCGCUGUGAACAAUGAUGGAUUCACCAAAGAAGGAAUUACUUUUCCACGACUCGAAGGUCAGAUAGAUGUUCUUAAACGAUUAUUUAAAGAUGUGCAUUUAGAUCCAGUGGAUAUCGAUUAUGUUGAAGCGCAUGUAACGGGAACUGCAGUUGGAGAUCCAAUUGAAUGUAAGGCAUUGAUGGAAACAAUGAGACCCAAUUCAGAUAAACCUCUUCUUGUUGGUUGCCUCAAAUCAAAUAUUGGUCAUUCUGAAGGUUCUUCCGUUUUGAAUGCGAUCUCAAAAGUCGUUAAGAUUUUCCAAACUGGUGUAAUUCCUGCUAAUUUACAUUUCAAUGACCCAAAUCCAAAUAUCGAUGGGCUGAUUGCAGGUGUUAUAAAACCCAUUCUUGAAAAUACAAGAUUCGAUGGAGAUCAUAUUAUGAUAAAUUCGUUUGGGUUUGGUGGUGUCAACACUACCUUCAUUUUGCAAGCAAAUUCUAAAAGAAUCGAAAAGACUGAUCUAAUUUUAAGUUCCAAUAAAGUACCACGUUUAGUCAAUUUUUGCAAUCGAACUUAUGAAGGCUUGGAAACUAUUGUUAAUUUUAUUGAGGAGCAAAAAGGAUCGUUAACAAAAUACACGUUGGCACUUUUGGAUAACAUGAGUAAGAUCAAACCAUCAACAGGGUUUGAUCAUCGUGGAUAUUUACUGUUGGAUGAUGAACAAACAAUCAUUCAUCAAACAUUGAAACAAAAUGUUUCAACUGAUGAAGUUUUUCCUUGGUUGGUAUUCACUCCAAUGUUUAAUGUCUCCUCACAAUCAUUUGUUCAACUGUUGGAAGCUCCUCUAAUUUAUUCAAGAAUAAGAUCUAUGCAAACCGAUCGCUUGAACUCAUUAGGAAUUGAUGUUAUCAAGAUUAUCCAAUCUAAUCAACAGGAUUUAAUUUCCUUUUUAAUUUCGUCAAUUGCGAUUCAAAUCGCUCUUUGUGAUUUACUAACUAAAUGUUUGGAAAUUGAACCGAAAGGUAUAAUUGGUCAUUCGAUUGGUUCAAUUGCUGCUUCUUAUGCUGAUGGAUGUAUGACUGAUGAAGAUGCUCUGUUAAUCGGUUAUCAUAUCGGUGUCGCUUGUAAACAAUUUAAAGGAAAAGGAGCAAUGGCUUAUGUUAAUUUAUCAUGGAAACAAAUUGAAGAGAUGAAAUUUGGUUGUAUCGAAUUAGCUUCAACUGAGUCAGGGGAUUGGACGUUGAUCACUGGUAUCAUAGAUGAAGUUAAACAGUUCAUCUCAAAAAUCGGACCUAAUAUCAAGACAAAUAUAAUUGAUACUAAAGGGAUUCCUUUUAAUUCAUCUCUCCUCGACGAAGUAUCAAAACCGCUUGAACCAGUAAUCAAUAAAUUUCUCAGACCAUUGAAGAUAAAUUCAAGAUUAACGACUAACUUUUGUGAAAACUUUAUCAAUUCUGAUCAAGAGCAUAUCAUUGAUGGACAUUUUUUCGUUUCCUGUAUCACAGAAUCAUGUAGUUUUAAUGAAAUAAUAGAAAAGACUGAUUCGAACUCUGUGUUAUUAGAAAUUGUUGCAAGUGUUGAGACGAGACAAUCAUCAAUAUUCUUAAUAAAUGAUCAAAAGACGUUGAAUAUUAGCAGCUAUUAUAACCAAUCGAUUGUGCAUCUUUAUAAAAUGAUUGGUCAAAUUUAUCUUCGUGGUCUUAAUCCAAUGGUUACAAAUCUUUAUGAUCAAAUUGAAUAUCCAGUCCCAAGAGAAACUCAACACAUUGGUCAUCUGAUUAAAUGGAAGCAUGAAAAGGAAUGGUUUGAUGCUAAAUACAACAAGAUUUCUAAACAAGAAACUGAAUUUUCCAAAAUAAUUGAUCUUCACGACCCUUCCUGGUCAUUUCUUACUGGUCAUCAGAUAGAUGGAAGAAUUUUGUUCCCAGCAACAGGCUAUCUUUAUGUCGCUUGGCAAAUGGUCUGUAAGAGUCUUGAUCUCGAACCUGACGAGCAUCCAAUUGAAUUCUAUCAAGUUCAGAUUCUUCGAGCGACACAAUUCACAUCAACCACAGGUCAAAUAAAAUUUGUUAUGAAAAUUAAUGAAAAUCUUGGAACUUUUCUCAUCUACGUAAAUGAGAGUAAAAAUGUUUGUUUAACUGGAAAAUACCAUCUUGUUGAUAAACCGACAAUAAACUUGCUGCCUGUUGAUUUUAAGAAUAUCAAAGAAAGUUCAGAUAUUAUACUUCAAAAGAAGGAUAUUUACAAGGAAUUUAGAAUUCGUGGUUAUGAUUAUUCAGGAUCAUUCCAAGGUGUAGAAGAAGCUUUUGAUAAUGGAAGGUGGGGGGUGGUCAAAGACACUGGACAUUGGAUUAGCUUUUCUGAUGCUUGUUUACAGAUUUCACUAUUGUCUUCGGAAUCUAGCAAGCUGACUGUUCCUGUUUACAUUGAUUAUGUUUACAUUUUUCCACCAGAAACAUUCAGUGCCUUUAACGAUGAAACUUUCAAAUCAUCUUCUAUUAAUAUUAACAAACUUAGGUUUUACUACAAUCCAGAUGUGGGAAUAGGACUCACGAACGGGUUUAUUCUUAAAGGAUUAGAAGACGAAGAGAUCAAAAGAAAGAUCAAUACUGUGAACCACCAAAUACGAAACCAUAAUCUAAUCCCAUUUAAUUCGUAUCAUAAACAAUGA